UGUUGUUUUUUUCUUAAAGAACAUUUGAGCAUUCAUUUCAGACAGUUUGCCGAAAGGAGGUAGGCAAUGUACAGUACUACUGUGUGGUGGUUUAAAGCAAUUGAUUGCUCUUGGUGUGCUUUAGACCGUCUCUGUAAACAACUGUAAGAGUGUAAGAAAUCACAGUUAACUGGUACACCACUUAAUGCAGGCCAGACAAUUAUAUACUGUACAGGCCCAAAGUUUGGACACACCUCAUUCAAUGCAACACAAAUGAAGGUCCUAACCCCAUUGAUAAAGCAAUAACUUACACAAAUUAAACCUGAAAAGGCAUACCUGUUAAGUUGAAAACCAUUUUAGGUGACUCCCUCUUGAAACACAAAAAGAGAAUGGCAAGUGUGUGCAAAUAAAAAAAAAAAAAUCAGAGCAAAGGUUGGCUACUUUGAAGAUACUGGAAUAUUAUACAUGUUUUUAGUUAUUUCAACUUUUUUGCUAAGUACAUAAUCCCACGUGUUCAUUGAUAUGUCUAUUACCUUCAGUGGGAAUUUACAAUGUCAAUAGUAAUGAAAUAGAAAUGAAAACGCACGAAUGAGAACGUGUGUCCAAACGUUUUGCCUGUACUGUACGCAGACAACUUUCUGUUGGCAAUGAUGAAUAAAUCAAUAUUGAUGACAAAAUCAUGCUCUUAACUGAACGGCUACAUUGCAUUUUUCACUAUAAUCAUCAGAUUCCAAAUCAAAUCAAUUUUGGGGUUAUUUCACUUCAUUCCAUAAAACACAAAAGACUAACAGCUCUCCUUUCUGGCUAAUUUCAUUUUUUGAUUCGUACUUAAAACUCGACCAAUACAUUUAUUAUCAUUGCUUUUAUUAAAACACGGAGUGUCAUUGAAAACCAACCAAGAUAAACACUAAAAUACAUGGUUGCUUUUGGUAUAUUGCACCAUGUUCUCAUUCAUGUCAUUGCCCUCCUCUCUCAGACCACUCCUUGUAUCCUCCGGUGUAAUUUCGUGCACUGGAACACAAGAACACACAAGUGUUGAUAGCACUACGUAUAACAAAUGCAACAGCGCAAGAAAGAAGAGUAAAUACAAUAUUGUCAACAGACAAAGUCUGGAUGACUUGUUUAUCAAGUACUUUAUGAGAUAAUAAAUUGACGUACUGCGAGUAGCCAAGUUGCUUUGCUUUGCAUGUGGCCGUUUCCCCUCGUUUUCCCAUUUGGCAAUGAAAGACCAGCUCUGAGGAGUUGAACUGUGGCUUGUUAACUCCGUAUUUUGCUUUGAAUUCUUCUGGUGACAUCUGUAAGGCCACUUCCACUGCAUCAACUGAGUUAUAGAAGUGAAAAGAAAUGGAAAUCAAUAUUAGUGAUUGUCAAAUAAGAAAGACAGGUGGAGUUGCAAAACAGCAUUCCAUACUAGGCUAAGGAGCUUAUUUGGUUUGGAUUGCUGUAUUAGCUAAAUGCGCAAAAGGAGCAAACCUGGGAUAUGAAGAGAUCCAGGUAUACGUCCCUUGUCCACUUCCGACUGAGUACGGACGUCAAUAAGACAUAUAUUUGGGUGCUCCAAAAGUGCUUUCAGAUCCUCAUAUGAUAUAUCCAUAAUGACUGUAAAGCAUAAAAAAUAUGCAAUAUGAUUGAUUAAUGUUGAAUGCUCCCAAUAAUUGUCAGCAUUUUCUUUUAGGACUCGGAUGACAAGACACAAUCGCAAAAGCUACAAAAAGAUGCUGGAACAAAUAAAACAGGCGCUACGGCUCCUUCUACUUUUGGGAAAGAAAGGUCACCCACAAGGGGGGGUUUUAGUGCUUCUCUGGGCCGAAUCGGGAACCGCAAACUGCACUGUUGCAGCUGCUGGUCCUAAGUGGAGGAGAAUCCAACCGGAAACACUCCAGAAUGUCCUCACAGAUUUAAAGUUUACCUGCACAGGACCACUUCCUGAGCCUGCCCUACAGGAUCUAUGCACUUUUACAGACAAGCACGGCUCAUUGAAAUUUCUGCUAUCCUUUCAAGCAAAGGAUUUCAGAUGCUUCAGUCCAGAGUGGCCUGCCCGUAUCAAAGCUUUCCUAACCAUAUUUAGUCUGGCAAAUGCAGCAAUAAGAGUGCACCUUCGAUGUAAAUUUCCUCAGCAGACCAUUCUGGAAGAAUUCAGCGCAAACUUCACUAGGAGACUCACACUGGCAAUGAGACAAUCAUUGAUGUUGGAUGUCACCUGCAGUUUCCUUGCCAACAAGCUAGUCAAAAAUGGAAGUUGGUGUCCCGGUGGGCACCCUGUCUUGGGCAGUAUGUUGCCUAUCAGCAUUCCACCUGAGACCAUGGACAGAGGCCUCUACGGGGAACUCAGCAUGCAGCUUGUAUCUCUGUUGUCACCUUGUGUACUGCCAUACCCCAAUCUCAGAACCAUUCUAACACAUGUGGAAGUGAUGGCUUACACUCCUUCUAAUGUUCCCAUGACGUUCCGUUUCGCCUUCUUCCGCAAUCUCUUGGCUCAUCCGAAUUGCCAGGAAUUGAUUCCGCGAAUCCUGCAUGGGCCCUCUCUAACAGAUCCUUUACAUGAAGGCAGAAUUGUGUACUCUGUGGAGGACGAAACCUGUCAGGAACCUGAGAAAAAGUUAGAUUUGCAGCCCGUAAAACAGAAACUCUUGAUCUUCCUCCUCUUUCAGCACACUGACCCAUUUGCAUCGCAAUUGAUGGACUUCAUUGUAACUGAAGCCCUGAUUGAGCACCACCUGGAGGAUAUUCUGAACAACAACGGACGUGCAAUUACAGGAGCACUGCUCAGUGAGAUAAGUAACACAAUGAUGGCUCAGGAUUGCAGAAAGAAGGACCAAGAGAAGCUGCUUUCGGCAGCUGAGGUAAUUCUCAGCGCGUCCAUCAAGAUUGUGAGCUGCAGCACCAACCUGAACUUCAGACAAGCCUGCAUGAGUCGCAUGCAGGUGAGCGAUACACAUGGGCUGGCCGCCUCUCUCCGUGAAGCCUUGCUAAGGGUGAUAUCAUGGAGAUGUAAGCCCAGGACACGUUGCUAUAACGCUCAGAUAGAAGAACAUCUGCAAAGUUCUGAGGUCUCGAGAGAAGAAAUUUGACCCUUAAUGUGUAUAUAUAGUAUGGUAACCAGUAUUUGUUUUUUAAUUUUGAAGAAGCAGUUUUCUAAAGAAUAGUUUGUACACAGUACAUGGUUCUUUUAAAUGUACAGUUGUUGAAUAACAAUAUGUUCAACCUUUUGUUAAGAAUUCGAAAUUUGUCAAACCGCAUAUACAAGAGCAAAAGCUUACUAAUCAAGCAUUCCACAACAUGUACACGUGGACAAUAAAUCCACAGCACAUUUUCUAUUAUUCAAAUUCAUAUUCUGUAUGCACACGCAAUGUUAAUUUAGCCUAAAUAAAAUUUUGACUGGCUUAUGAAAUGAAACAACGCUCUUGUUUUGCAGCAGUAUCUUCCUUAUCUUAUGACCCCAGAGCUGUGUUAUCGUUUUAAACAACUACAAGCGAAACCAAAUGUGUACAAUAGAGACUUGUCACAUCACCCAGUUGGUGAAUAUUCCUGCUGUGGGGUGCUGUGGAAACACACAGUACCAUGAAAUCAUCAGGGGUGUUGUGGGAAAUUAAUUAUCUUAUUAAUUAUUAAUAUUUUAUAUAUAUUUUUUGCCAUUUUAAAAUUAUCUUUCUUCACUUAUCAAUGACGGUGACGAAUUGUGACCGGAUCAGCCUGUAGUGUGUUUUUCCACUUUAAUUUUGAGCAUAACUCCAAAUCCAGACCUUCAUGGUUUGAUACAUUUGAUUUUCAUUGUUAAUGUUUGUGUGAUUUUGUUGUAAGCGCAUUCAGCUAUGGAGAGAACACAUAGUAUUUCGUUAACUCAGAUCUACAACGUGUGUCUUUACUUUUCUCUUUAUUUUUUUGUGUAGUGUACAUAUCAUUGCUUCCUUUGUGGUGAUUACAAUCAACAACAGCAUGAUUUCUGGAGUGUUUUAAGUCAGCACAUUGAAUGUCACUGACAGCGGCACAGCGGUCAUCCACGUCACAGUUCUGAGAGCAAAGAUCCCGGGCUCUGGCCUCCGUGUGUAGAGUUUGCAUGUUCGCACUGGGUCUGCGCCGGUUUUCUCCGUAUACUCUGGUUUCUUCUCACAUCCCAAAAACAUGCAGGGUAGGCUGAUUGAACAGUCCAAAUUGUCCAUUGGUAUGGGUGUGUGCAUGAAUGGUUCAUUGUCUCCUUAUGCCCGAUGAUUGGCUCGCAGCCAU